AUGGCCUCUACAAAUUCAAAUGACGAAUCAGUUCCUGAUGUCCCUUUGGCGUUUGUCUCUAAUUCAUAUUUAGUUGAGCUUACAGAGGGUAUACGCGCGCGACCAAUUCCUUGGGAGGGAUAUCAAAGAGCUGAACUAAUCACGGUGGAUGAACUUGACCUUUUGAAACGUAUUGAUAAUCAAAGUCGUGAGCAAUUAAGAUCGGUCAUGCAACAGGAUGCGGAGAAGUAUGCAGAGUUAUAUACGAGUCUCUUGGAAAAAUUGAAACGAGCUGAUACGGUACAAUAUAUAUUGAUCAUGACUAAUGAUAUGCUAUCUGACGAUGAGAAACGAGUAUCGUAUUUUCACAAGUUAUCUUCCAAAAGUCUCGAUCUUCCUUAUAAUCCGUUCUUAAAAACUUUGGCUAUCGAUGAUGAAUUUAUUCAAUUGAGUUCGGCUAAAAUAUUGACUAUAUUAAUAUGCUCAGCACCCGGACCUCUUCCUUUUGAUGCCACGGAGUUUAUUCGUUGGAUCAGCUCGAAACUUAAAAACAAUAAUCAUAAUAUUUGCGAUCUGACUGUCCAAAUAUUAGAAUCAAUUUUGAAAGUUCCAUCAUGUCGUUUGCAAUUCUGGGAGGCGCCUCACGGUGUAGAUACAUUAGUCAAUUUUCUCAAAGUUAAAAAUCCUACACUACAGAUGCAAUAUCAAAUAAUUUUUUGCUUUUGGCUCUUGACCUUUGAGAGAGAUAUUGCGGUUGAAUUCAAUAGAAAAUAUGAUCUGAUACCUACAUUAAUAAACAUUGCUAAAUCUGCUAAUAAGGAAAAAAUAAUUCGUAUCAUUAUUAUGACUUUCAGGAAUCUGGUGGAAAAAGCUCCUGAAGCAAAUUUGCCUGCAAUGUUAGUUGCUAAAUUACUAAAUUUCUGUGAGAAUUUAUCGGUUAGAAAAUGGUCAGAUAGCGAAAUUGUGGAAGAUAUAGAAUUUUUAAAGGCCCAACUUCAAGAAAAUUUCCAUAGUUUAACUACGUUUGAUGAGUACGCAUCUGAAAUUCGAUCAGGGAUGCUUCAAUGGUCACCGCCUCAUGAAUCAGAGCAGUUCUGGAAACAAAACGUCACAAAAUUGAACGAUAAAAAUCACGAGCUAUUGAAUACUUCCAAUGAUAAUGUGGUCCUCGGUGUUGCUGCGCAUGAUUUGGGACAAUAUGUGAAAUACUAUCCUGAUGGAAAGAAGUGUGAAAUUGGUGCAAAACAAAGAGUUAUGGAAUUAAUGACUCACGAAGAUCCGGAAGUUCGAUACAACGCUUUGAUAGCCGUGCAAAAAUAUAUGUCUCAUGUCUGGUAA